AUGUAUUCGAAUAAACCUUUUAAAGUUACUUCAAGCAAUGCUAAUAAAGUCGGCUCUACUACUCGCAAGAUAAGAAAACCCCAAGCUCCAUCUUCUAAAUUGCUUGAUCUCGAAUACAAUGAUUAUUCCUCAUUUGCCAAAGUUAAGUUAUCAAAAUUUCCGGAAAAUUCUACCUCUACUGGCAAUGAGAUGAAGGAGGUCUGCUGUGAUGUCUCUUUUACCCCUAAAGGACGUAAAACACAGUCUAUCUAUCAUACCCGAACCCCCUCCUUAAAACGGAAGAGUGAUGAACUUUUAGCCGAUGAACUUCAUAGAAAUAUAAGAUCUUUUGGAAAUAUUCCAAAUGAUGGUAUUACAAGUGUUCCUUCAAAAAGAUCUACUAUAUGUACUGGUUCUUUGAAAAAUUUCUCUUCUCUUCGUACAAAUCAAUCUGAACCUCUCGAACCUGUAACUAAACAUCUUCCUCCAAAGUCAAAACUUACCUCUUCUGAGGUGGAAGUAAUGAAUUUAAGAAAUGAAAUACUUAGAGCUAAGAUUGAAUUAUAUAUCAAAGAACAAAUUGAAGCUCUUAAUAAUACUAUGCAAUUUCAAGAUGAUACUCCUGAAGUUGAUUAUAAAGCUGAUCAUAAUCAAUUCAUGGAUUAUGAAGAAAUUAAUGAUCAUACUGCUUAUAAAGAUGCUCAUAUGGCUGAAAUUAAAGAUGGUUUAAUGAGUAUUCGACAAUAUUGUGAAGCUAUGCAAUCCAUGAAUGCAAAUGCAAAUUUGAAUUCUGAUGUUAAUCAUUAUAAAAAUGAUUUAGAUUUAUCUACAAAUAACAUUUCUCAAUCUCAUAAAAAAUCUAUUAACCAUCGUAAACUUAAAAAACGUGAUCCCCCUCGUCGAAAUCUUAAUGAUCAAAAAGGAAAUAUUAAAGUAUUCUGUCGAGUACGUCCUCCUGUAUUAUCUGAAUGUGAAGAUAUCGCUGAUAUUCGAUUUCCUCCAUAUUCUUAUGGAAAAAAAAUUUCUCUCGCCUCUAUUAAAAGAAAUUAUUGGGGUGUAGAAAGAGAAACUUUUAAAGACUAUAAAUUUGAUAAAGUCUUUGGUCCUUCUGCAACUCAAAAAGAAAUAUAUACUAAUGUUGCUCCUAUAGUUCAAUCUGUUGUUGAUGGUUUUAAUGGUUGUAUUUUCGCAUAUGGUCAAACUUGUUCUGGUAAAACUUAUACUAUGCAAGGCCCAGAAGAUCCAACUAUUUAUAAUGAAGGCAUGAUUCCACGUGCUGUUCGUCAAAUAUUUGAUCAUGUUAAUGAAUUAAAGGCUCAAGGUUGGGAAUAUGAAAUAGAAGGUCAAUUUAUCGAGAUUUACAAUGAUAAUAUCCGUGAUUUACUCUCGGACGAUCCUUCUAAUAAUCGUGGUCUCAAAUUCAGAACUAUUCAUGAUGAACAAACUGUAAAUCUCGAUUCUGUUGCUACUCUUAAUUGGGUUUUGCAAAUGGCUGCCAAAAACAGGGCUGUCGCAUCAACAAAAUCUAAUCCUAAUUCUUCUCGAAGUCAUAGUAUUUUCAUGAUUCGAUUAAUGGGUACAAAUACAAUUACCGGUGAACAUCGAAUUGGAACUCUGAACUUAAUUGAUCUGGCUGGUUCGGAACGUUUAUCAAAAUCUGGUUCACAGGGUGAUCAAUUACAAGAAGCUAGAUAUAUUAAUUCAAGUUUAAGUCAUUUGAAAACUGUAAUUCAAGGUAUCAAAGAAAAGUCGGAUCAUAUUAAUUUUAGGAAUUCUACUUUAACUUGGCUCUUGAAGAAUUCUUUACGUGGUAAUGCCAAAGUUCUCAUGUUUGUCCAUAUAUCACCAUUAGAAUCUGCAAGAGCCGAAACCGAAAGUAGUUUGGAUUUCGCACGUCUUGUAAAUUCCGCGUAA